GCAAGUACUUCAUUCCAUCAGGCACUCCUUGCGGGGCCUACGACCAUCCCGAUCCUCCACGCAUCGACCCGUCGUAUGCAAAGCGAAGUUUAGAAAAGUGCCCUUCACCCAUAGCCUGCAAGCACAAUCACGAGUGGAAGCGGCAUUCACGUCUAGCACAUCGAUCGUCCUUGAGGCCGCCGGCUGCGGUCCUGCAAACGACCACCUUUCGCACCUUCAUCCCCAAAGCGCCUUGCUCGUUGCUUGGACCCCCCUUGCUCAGAUUGGGCUUGAAGGGAGCGUCAUGUCGCUGUCAAGCCCGAACAGCGAGCUUCCCGCGCUAUCUACGCCCUUGAGCCCGCGCCCUCUAAAUCGUCGCCCCGGAUCGAGAGAUAGCGCCGGAGGCUUUGCAGUCACUCGACCUGCUCCUCCCACACGACCUCCGCCUAGGGCCAGCCCGGCUUUGUCGCAACAAGUCUCAGGACAGACUUCCAGUCCCCGCAUCGUCGUUCAAGAUGAUGCUCACCAGAUGAGCCUACUGCGAUGUGAUGAUGCGGAGGUCAGGAGAGCGGACGAACUCGAGGCUGGAGACUCCUCCGGCGAUGGUAGUACGGAGCUUGCGCAUGAAGCUCGGGGAGGAAGCGCCGAUGCCAGGCCAGCCUCCGCCGCAUCUACAGCCACCCUCUCACGAGCAGAUAUUCAGACGCCCUCCCUCAAAGGGCGAAGCAGACCUGACUCCAGCGCCGACACAGCCUACUCGGAAGACGCUGAAUACACCGCGACAGCUUCCGAAGCGGGCACAGACUAUGCAGGUAAUAUUGCGGACACAUCGCUGGGAUCCGAUGCAAGUUUCAGGAGCUUUGCGGCAGGCCCAAGUUCGCCAAGUCCAUCUGCUGGAAAGCGCGGGGGUGGAGCCGGAAGCAGGUCGCCCGGCCGUACGCCCAAACUGGGAGGCUUUGGUGUGGGCGUGGGCAACGGCAACGGAAUAGUGCCGCACGUCGAGGGCAUGAGGAGUCGAGCCACAGAACGUGCGCAAGAAGAAGAGGCGCUUGAGGAACUCGGCAUACCCUCCAAAGUUUUCAGAAGAAGCAGGAGCGCGACAGAGGGAUGGACGGGCACGCUCGGCGAUGAGACUUGGGGCGCACACUUUUGGGUCGUGAUCGAGCAACCUUCGGGCAAAUCCUUCUUCGCUAAUCCCGAGACCGGAGAGUGCGUCUGGGCAGUGCCCGCCGGUACCAUUGUAUUGCCGCCCAGCAAGGAAGGCCAGUGGUGGGAGCUGUUUGACGAUAAUCGCAAGCUGCCCUACUACUUUCAAACAAGCACGCGCGAGACGACCUGGCACAAGCCCGAGGGAUUUGUCAUCCCUCUCGCUGCCAUUCAAGAGUCUUCCAUGGGCAAAAGGUUCUCACGCAUGGAGCUUGGCGAAGACUCGCUGGCAGCCCUUGCGGCCCUCCCGGAGGAUUCGACGCAGCGUAAAUUGAGACAAGCUGGAGGCUCGAGCGGUGGCACCUGGCCGAGCUCGAAAAUCUCUGGCGCGCUGAGUGGGUUGUCCCAUUCACAAGCGCAAUCGAGUCCGAUCAGGAGUCACACCCAGCCUCCACCUCCUGUGGACAGCCCCAAUCUUAGUCAAGUCAAGUGGGGCAUGCGUCUACGCUCGCAUUCCGGUGGUGACGCUGCGAGAGCGGGUCCCUCGCGCCCACAGCGCACUCACUUCUCUUCUGGAGAAGAGCACAGCUCUGGCUUGUCCACCAUCAUUUCCUCUACUCAUCUCAAUUUGGCUUCCGGCAGCGAGAGCGGAGCUCCGCGAAAGAGGCCACCUCGAGCUGCCUCCCACGGAAUGGGCCUUAGCACGGUUCAAAGUCAGAGGGAUCGAUCCAUAGAUCUAGCAACGCUUGACUCGGUGGAGAUGCCGCGCGGCUAUCGCCGUGAACGUGACCCUGCCAAGAGGAUUGCCGCGGCGGCGGUAGCUGCUGCGGAGGACUCUCAUGAAGCGGCAAAAGGUCGGGCAGCAGCUACUGGCCAAUUCAGGUUGUCUUCUGCCAUCGAGACCCGGCGAUUGUCGACUGGCGAGCAUCGUGUGCUGCCCACCGCUAUACGCAACGAGCUUCUGAGCUUCGAAGGCUUUGCCAGGCAGCGGUUCUCGCGACACCGCACAGGUCUUUUCGGACUACGCAAAGUCUCGAUGGGCAAAAUGUCGCGAUGGCAGCGCAACCCCAUUUCUGCUCCUCUGGUACCUCUAGAAGACCCCGUAGAGAAGCGAGAUGCGGUCAGGAUCUUCAAAGUCAUGCUGCGCGUCUUUGGAGAUCGGGAACAGGCCGUGUUCUGGCCACGCGUGCCGGAGCCAGUGAACAUUGGUUACAAUACAGUGCCUGAUAGGCCUCGCCUGCUCAGCGGAACUACGCCCCUUCCACCCGGUUCGACGCUAAUUGGUGAUCAGCACUUCUCGCCGUACGCGCGCGCCGUCUCGCCUGCGUCAUUCCAUGCUGCAGAUCUCUGUGGCGUCGCGGCAUUGACGGCAGUCACGGACAAGCAGCGAAGCUCAGCUACUCCCGAGAGGAAGGGCCUCAGCGUAGGUUUAGCCAGCGGCAUGACGCCAAAUGGUGCCAGCAAGGCAGUUUCAUCGGGUCCUUCUGUCGUGGAGGAGGAGAGAUGGUUGCUUGAACGGGGCAUUUUGGGAAGCGGCGCAUUGCGCGACGAGAUCCUACUGCAGUGUAUGAAGCAGUUAUCGGGCAAUCCAACGCGAGACUCCACAAUCAGAGGCUGGCAGCUGCUAGGCGUGCUGCUGACGUGCUUCCCGCCAGGCUCCAGCGAGGUCGCUGAGCUCCUGCGAGUCUUCAUCGAAGAAGCUGUGCGGCUAAGUCCAUCUAACCCUGCACUUUCAUCCAAAGCAAACGGAGAAGCGGCAGCAGACGAUGAGGUAAUCCUGGGAGUACUCGCUUUGCACUGUAAAAGGAGGUAUGAAUCCGCAAAGCAGAGAGGGGCCAAAGGCCGAGUACCAAGCAUCCACGAAGUCCAAUAUGAAAUGGACGCCGCUUUUGCGCCCAGCGUAUUUGGCCAAAGCUUGCAGAUCGUCAUGCAGAGGCAGGCAGAUGCUUAUCCGUCUGCUCAAGUGCCAGUCAUCCUGGCGUUCCUUUGCGACGCGAUGCUUGCGAUGGACAGGUCGCCAGAUCUGUUCCGCGCUCCAGGCGAUGCCGAGAGGGUGACGCUCCUUCGUUUACGGAUCGAUCGAGGCCACUACAGUCUCAAUGGACUCGUCAAUGACGGAAAGGAGGAUGUCGCCGUUCUGGCCUCGGUCUUGAAGCUGUUCUGCAGGGAAUUGGAGCCCCCUCUGAUCCCGUACGACUUGUACUUCAACGCCCUCAAAGCUGCUGACAGCUCGACUCGAAGUGUUGAGUUGGUUGCACGUCUACCAAAGAUCAACCUGCGCGUUCUGGCCUACAUUAUCAGUUUUCUGCAACUGAUACUCAAAGAUGACGAGAAUGAGUCGAGCCCAGAAAUCCUGGCAACCAUCUUUGCUCCUAACCUCAUGCGGGACCCGACUGCUAGGUCUUUGCAAGAGGCAUCCACGAAUAGUCGUCUGGAGACCAAAUUCGUUCAGCAACUUCUGCAGCAUCUGCAUUGUUCAUCUUUGGAUCCUUCGUUCAACCCCGUCCACGGAGAAGGACCGGAGGCGGGCGUGGCGGUCAUCGGCAGACCAUACACCGGUAGCCCUGUGUCUCAGGAAGAGCGGGCGUCGAGAUUGCGAGCCUCUCAGCAGCCCAUCUUGAACGGAUCUGGCCUAGAUGAGAAUCUUUUGAAUACGCCAAGCAAGCCACCCCGAUCUCGCAAGAGCUCAUUUGCUCGUCUAGCCGCCUUGGGCUCUCCUCAUCUCUCGCGCUCAUCUCACCCGCCCUCGUCACCGGACAACAGCAGUGUCGGUCACAGUCAUAGCUCUGGAAGUGGCAAAUUGAGCAGCUCCUCGCCUAGCAGCUACGAGAAUGCCACGAACGGAAGCAAGAAGAGCUUUGGCCGGAAACAACCUUCCGAAUCGGAUCGGUGGAAGCCAGUUCCUCCUUCGCGUCUUGCUGCUUAAUAUGUCAUCUUUGCUUCUUUAAUGCAUACAAGUCUAUCUCUAGCACCACCUAUAUUCGCCUUGCAGCCUUGUGGACUCAGUUUAGACCAGC